AGCAGCCCCAGCCUCCCGCCCGCGCACAACUCCUCUCCGCUCUGCACCAGAAAGGAGCAUUCUCCUCUCUCCCUCGUUUUCAUAUCCUCUCCCUCUCUCUCUCUCUCUCGCUCUCUCUCUCUCUCCUUUUCUGUCAGUUAGUGUGUCCUCAGAAUGAGGUUAGCGGCACCAGCAGCAGCAUCAGCAGUAGAUAGAGACAGCAGAGGAACAGUUACUGCAGCAGCCAGGAGAGGCUGUCCUUCAGCCGUGCACCAUCUACCGCUGCAUUCACCCCUGCCCUGAGAACGCAACGCUCAUCCCUGUGCUCUCUUUCUGUGCCUCUCCCUGCUCCUCCCUCACCUUCUGUCCUCCUUGAAUUUGUCUCUUGAAUUCACCCCCCCCCCACCACCCCUCUCUCUCUUCCUCUCUUUCUCCAUAGCAGUGAUGGGGGAGACCACCAUGUAGAGACAGAGAGGCAGCGGAGGCAACAGCAGAAUAGCAGCAAUGGGAAGCCACACAUGGAGCGGGUCUGGACUGCAGCCGUGGUGAGCCUGAGACCGACAGGACUUGCAUCUACCAUCACUGCCCUUCUCAGGACCUGACCACUGGGGCUGUCCAGUGCUUACCUGGAUGCUCCCCACUUGUGUUUUUUCAUCCCCUCCUCUUCUCCUCCUCUGCUGCUCUCUCUUCUCUUCUUCUUUUUCUUCUCUGAUGGUUUUUUGUCUGCUGAAAUCUGUCUUUCCUGAAACAGAGAAGCUGCUCAUCAAUUUAUCCCCACGGAUUUUUUCCGCUUUUUAAUCCCUGUAUCUCCUUACUUUUCUUUGAAGAGAUUUUUUUUUUCUCUUUUUGUUGCUGUUGCCUCAUUCACACCUAUUUUGGAUUUUUUUUUCUUGGAAGAGACUGAGCUCUCUUGUGAAAGCUUUUGUUUAAUCUAUAAGCAAUAAGAAACACUAAUCUAACUGACUUAACUAGCUGACAUCAUGGGAGACAUGUCCAACAGCGAUUUUUACGCCAAGAACCAAAGAAAUGAGGGCAACCAUGCAGCAGCCUUUGGCUGCUCGCUCAUGGAGCUGCGCUCGCUCAUGGAGCUGCGUGGAACAGAGGCGGUGGUCAAGCUCCAGGAGGACUCCGGGGGAGUAGAAGGACUGUGCAAACGACUGAAAACCUCACCCACAGAAGGUCUUGCAGGUGCCCAAACUGACCUGGACAAGAGGAAAGAAAUAUUUGGUAAAAACCUGAUACCUCCAAAAAAGCCAAAAACCUUCCUGCAACUGGUAUGGGAGGCCCUGCAGGACGUUACCCUCAUCAUCUUGGAGAUCGCUGCCCUGAUCUCCCUGGGUCUCUCUUUCUACCACCCUCCUGGGGAGACUGGUGGAGAGUCCUGUGGCGCAGCAGCAGGUGGAGUAGAAGAUGAGGGUGAGGCAGAUGCUGGCUGGAUUGAGGGUGCCGCUAUCCUGUUGUCUGUAGUGUGUGUGGUGCUGGUGACGGCCUUCAAUGAUUGGUCAAAGGAGAAGCAGUUUCGUGGGCUGCAGAGCCGCAUUGAGCAGGAGCAGAAAUUCCAGGUGGUCCGUGGUAGCCAGGUCAUCCAGCUGCCUGUGGCUGACAUAGUGGUCGGGGAUAUCGCACAGAUCAAAUAUGGUGAUCUGCUUCCUGCUGAUGGAGUGUUGAUCCAGGGUAAUGACCUGAAGAUUGAUGAGUCAUCACUGACCGGAGAGUCUGACCACGUCAAGAAGUCUGCAGAUAAGGACCCAAUGCUGCUGUCUGGGACCCAUGUGAUGGAGGGCUCGGGGCGCAUGGUAGUGACGGCUGUCGGUGUCAACUCUCAGACUGGAAUCAUCUUUACACUGCUGGGGGCUGGUGUGGAGGAAGAGGAGAAAAAGGAGAAGAAAGGUAAAAUGCAAGAUGGCAAUAUGGAGAGCAACCAGAUUAAAGUGAAGAAGCAGGAUGGAGCAGCUGCCAUGGAGAUGCAGCCUCUAAAGAGUGCUGAAGGCGGAGAGGCUGACGAGAAAGAGAGGAAGAAAGUGUCAGCUCCGAAGAAAGAGAAGUCUGUGCUGCAAGGGAAGCUGACCAAACUGGCUGUCCAGAUUGGCAAAGCAGGUUUGCUCAUGUCAGCCAUUACAGUCAUCAUCCUGGUCCUGUACUUUGCCAUUGACAACUUUGUGAUGCAGAAGCGCCCUUGGAUGCCUGAGUGCACUCCUAUCUACAUCCAGUACUUUGUCAAGUUCUUCAUCAUUGGUGUAACUGUUUUGGUGGUGGCUGUCCCAGAGGGACUGCCGCUGGCUGUCACCAUCUCCUUGGCUUAUUCUGUUAAGAAAAUGAUGAAAGACAACAACCUGGUGCGUCACUUGGAUGCAUGUGAAACAAUGGGCAACGCUACAGCCAUCUGUUCUGACAAGACAGGCACGCUAACCACCAACCGCAUGACAGCUGUGCAGUUAUACGUUGGUGAUGUACAUUACAAAGAGAUACCAGAUCCUGGAGUCCUGCCACCCAAGUCAUUGGAUUUACUUGUCAAUUCCAUCUCAAUUAACAGCGCCUAUACCACAAAGAUACUGCCCCCAGAUAAGGAAGGCGGUCUGCCGAAACAGGUGGGCAACAAGACAGAGUGUGGCCUGCUGGGACUAGUUUUGGACCUGAAGCGGGAUUACCAGCCAAUAAGAAACCAGAUCCCAGAGGAGAAGCUUUACAAAGUCUAUACCUUCAACUCUGUCAGGAAGUCGAUGAGCACUGUCAUAAAGCUGCCUGACGGUAGCUUCCGGAUGUACAGCAAGGGAGCCUCUGAGAUUGUACUCAAAAAAUGCAGCCAUAUCCAAAACGAGGUGGGUGAGCCAAGGGUUUUCCGUCCACGAGACAAGGAUGAGAUGGUGAAGAAAGUGAUUGAGCCCAUGGCGUGUGAUGGCUUGAGGACCAUCUGUGUGGCGUAUCGUGACUUUUCCAGCAAUCCUGAGCCCAACUGGGAUGAUGAGAACAACAUCCUGAAUGACCUCACAGCCAUCUGUGUUGUCGGAAUAGAGGAUCCCGUCAGGCCAGAGGUCCCUGAUGCCAUUCUGAAGUGCCAGCGUGCAGGCAUCACAGUGCGUAUGGUGACAGGAGACAAUAUAAACACAGCCCGAGCCAUAGCCAUCAAGUGUGGUAUCAUCCACCCAGGAGAGGACUUCCUGUGCAUCGAUGGCAAAGAGUUCAACAGGAGGAUCCGCAAUGAGAAAGGAGAGGUGGAACAAGAGCGUAUCGAUAAGGUUUGGCCUAAACUCCGAGUACUGGCUAGAUCAUCCCCAACCGACAAACACACACUCGUCAAAGGCAUUAUUGACAGCACUAUGGCAGACCAGAGGCAGGUGGUGGCUGUGACAGGAGAUGGGACCAAUGAUGGGCCUGCUCUAAAGAAAGCUGACGUUGGAUUUGCCAUGGGUAUUGCUGGUACAGAUGUGGCCAAGGAAGCAUCAGAUAUCAUUCUCACCGACGACAACUUCAGCAGCAUCGUGAAAGCAGUUAUGUGGGGCCGAAAUGUCUACGACAGCAUCUCCAAGUUUCUUCAGUUCCAGCUUACUGUCAAUGUUGUAGCUGUCAUUGUGGCUUUCACUGGUGCCUGCAUCACACAGGACUCUCCUUUGAAAGCAGUGCAGAUGUUGUGGGUGAACCUUAUCAUGGAUACUUUUGCAUCCCUGGCUCUGGCGACAGAGCCUCCCACGGAGUCUCUGCUUAAGAGGAAGCCAUACGGUCGCAAUAAGCCUCUCAUCUCCAGCACCAUGACAAAGAACAUCUUAGGACACGGAGUCUAUCAGCUCAUUAUCAUCUUCACACUGCUCUUUGUUGGUGAGCAGAUCUUUGACAUCGACAGUGGCCGCAAUGCUCCUCUCCACUCUCCACCCUCUGAGCACUACACCAUCAUCUUUAACACCUUUGUCAUGAUGCAGCUGUUUAAUGAGAUAAAUGCCCGCAAAAUCCACGGAGAGAGGAAUGUUUUUGACGGUAUCUUCAGGAACCCCAUCUUCUGCUCGAUUGUUUUUGGCACGUUUGCUGUGCAGAUCGUGAUUGUGCAGUUUGGAGGGAAGCCAUUCAGCUGUCAACCUCUAGACUUGGAAAAGUGGAUGUGGUGUGUUUUCCUCGGGCUGGGGGAGCUUGUGUGGGGACAGGUGAUAGCCACCAUACCCAAUAGCAGACUGCGCUUCCUGCGGCGGGCAGGGCAGUUAACUCAGAAAGAUGAGCUGCCAGAGGAGGAUGUUAAUGAAGAAAAUGAGGAGAUCGACCACGCAGAGAGGGAGCUGAGGAGAGGACAGAUCCUCUGGUUCAGAGGACUCAACCGCAUUCAGACUCAGAUUGAAGUAGUCAACACCUUCAAGAGUGGCACCUCCUUUCAGGGGGCAGGGGCUCUGAGACGCCAAUCAUCCACCACCAGCCAGAACCAGGAUAUCCGAGUUGUGAAUGCAUUCCGUAGCUCCCUGUAUGAAGGCCUGGAAAAACCAGACUCCAGAACAUCCAUCCACAACUUCAUGACACACCCUGAGUUUAGGAUAGAAGACUCCACACCCAACAUCCCCCUUAUUGAUGACACGGACGAUGAUUCUGCUCGUAGAAGGAUGAAGUACUCAAGCCAGCCCUCGUCCCCUAACAAGAACAACAACGCUAUUGACAGUGGCAUUAAUCUCACUAUUGAUACCAGUAAAUCAGCUGCGUCCUCCAGCCCUGCCAGUCCUCUGCACAGCUUGGAGACAAGCCUCUAACCCUGAUCCUAAACUCAGCUCUAACCUCUAAUGUUGUUUCCUCACAUUGUCAGGACACCUUCUCCAAUUCCUCCAGACCUUUAACUGUAACCAUACAAGUCUUCACCCCCAAAUUUUCACCCAAUUCUCAACUUCGAGCUCCCCCAAACCGCUACCUACCGGCAGUCCUGGGGGGAAAAUGUCCACCAUUUUCCCUUAGCCUAGAGCCCUUGAAGCGCUCUGCUCCUUUCAAAGCAGAGAAAAUCUAAGUAAUAUGUCAAGGUGAAAAGAAAAAACAAACUAGCAUACAAUCAAAAAAGCGCAACAAAGCCACAAAACCUACACAGCCAUCCUGCUUUUGUGGUUGUAUGAGUACAGUGGCAGUCACGGUGGCGUGUACGACAAUACACUUGUACUGGUUAGCAUGUACUGUAUAAGCGUGGGUCUGACUGCACAUAUGUACGAAUGGUGUCUUUAGUGGCACUGGGAGGAGGACGAUGAGGAGGGAGACUGCUGAGGAGUAAAAAUCACACAAGAGGACAGACUUUAAACUCUGCUCACUCUUCCUCUCCUCAACGAAAAACAUUGUUAAUACUGAUAAUAGUUUAAAUUAAAUUGAAAAAUAUUGUUAUUAUUCUAAUUCUGAUUCUGAUUAUUAUUGUUCUUAUUAUUGUUGCUCCUGCAUGAAUGUACAUUACCCAGGUUUUAUUUAAAAGGCUUUUAAUUUUAUUGGAGUUCUUUGGUUCUGAUGGGCUAGGCCUCACUGUGGACUGCGAUUUUAAAGACAGCAUUUCUGAGUUUCUGGCCUGCAAAGUCCCCUCUUCUGUGUGGCAUGAACAUGUACCCAACUGUACAAAUUUAUUUCAUCCAUAAACGGAAAUGUGUAUCGAGGUGGUGGGGCUCAACUUGCACAACAGUUUUGCACCUGUCCGUAAAGAGGAACGCAAAAUAAUAAUAAUGAUGAUAGCAUUUAUGGGAUAUAUUCUAUAAAUUUAAAUACAUAUAAAUAUAUUUAGAGAGAGUUUAUCUUUGUUUGUUGGCAUGUUGCCUUGUUCCUGCUUCAAUGGCUCCAAUACCUUUGACUUAUUUAUGUCUUAAAGAGAAUGUAAUUUGUUUACAACCUCGUAGAGAUAAACUUCCUGGUUUCUAGAAGGAGGAAGGCGAAGUCGAAGCUCAGAUGGACCAGAGCUGUUUCGGUGUGUUAUUACUGAAAAACCCUGUGCUGGAAUUUGCCUGCUGUCUUGUCAAAUAAUGUAGAUAUUUUUAGAGGUUUAACAACAAAAAGAAACCAAAAUAUAAUGGGAUACAUAGUAAUUGUGGAAUCUUAGUAUUACUCUAUAUGAUUGUUGGGAUCAAGUUGGAGUGGCUUGCCUUUGUUUUUUUUCUAAACAGAGGCCUCCUUUUUGUGACAGAGGGGGAUAUUUUAUUCUUUUUAUCCACUGCUUCUUCUCUUUUGUUAAGAUUAUGUCUUUUUUUCUCUGUGCUUCAGCACUGGCCUGGGGUCAGGGCUCGAGUCAAAGGCUGAUAUCAGGACCUUUAUAGCGAACUCUUCUAGAUAAACCUGCUUCUUCGAAGGACUUGACGUUUUUAAAAAAACAAAAACAAAUCUAUGACCAUCAAAAGGCUGCAGCUGAGUCAUAUUAGAAAUUUGCAGUUAUAUUUGGCUUCUCUGUACCGCACGGAAAUCAAAACGUUUUGGUUGAAAACAUUGAAUAUUUUUUCCGUUGUGUCUAUUUUUUAUUUAACCUAAUGGUUUAUUUUUGUUUAAAGGAGUUUCUUUUCCUCUAGCAGAGACACAUGCAGCCACACAAAGCUGCAGACAUUUUUAACAUCUAAGAAAACAGAAAAACUGACAAAAAAAAGAAGAAAUGAGAACAAAAAUGGAAUGUUGCUUUGACUCUUUUUCUAUAUAUAUAUAUAUAUAUGAGAAAAAAAAGAUUUUCUGCACUAUCUGGUUAUGAAUGAAAACUUCUGUGGUGUAAUUCUAGAUGUGCUUUUGUGUGUUUUAACCAAGCUUGUCUUCCUGCCGUCACAGAAUAUACAGUACUCUAGCAUCUCAACUGUACUCACUAGUUGUAAACUAUUUAUUGUGCUUUGACCAAUCAGACAUUACCAGAGAGAUGUUACAUACAGAAGGCACAUUUACCCAGUCUUAUUGCACUCCGAAGGACAAGGCCACUUAACUAGCCUGUACUAUUGUAUUUCUAUUACUAAUCGAAAUCACUGACAAGCAUGACGUGAUAGGCUCAUUAUGCAACUUGAAAAGAAAAAAAACCCUCCAGAUUUUUCUAAAAACAAAAAUUCUAUAAGCUAGUAAAGUAUAUAUGAUCAUUUAUCCAACAAGUUCUAUCUCUCUUCUUUUUUAUAUCCUCCUCCUCUGUCAUUUCCCAGCCAAUCUGUCCAUCUGGAGAGGGUGCACAAGCUUUACCAGUCAGCUCAGGCGUGUUGAAAACGUAACAUGGACCAUCUGAAUAAAAAAAAUCUGUCUUAUUUAAGUUGGAGAAAGCAAAAAACCCAGUUUGGGUUCUAAUAUUUUGCUUGAAAGCUGUUGAUUUCUUUUGUUUUCUUUCCAUUGUUUUAACUUGACAAUUUAUUUGUUUCUCUGUAUAAACUGUAAAACAAUA